CUGGGAUCCUCUGCUCUGACUUGUGACCAGGUUUGACAGACUUUGCUGAAAUUGUUCUUCAACAUGAAUCCAGCAGUGAGCCUCCUGUGUUUCUUCCUGUGCCUGAGCCCCACAGUGUGUGACCGGGUCUAUGUCCACCCCUUCCAUUUGUUUUCCUAUAAUAAAAGCAGUUGCGAGGAGCUGGACAACUUGACGCAGGAGGAGAAAAUGUUUGUCCCCAUUUCCAUUGAGUCCCAAACCAUCCCUGCCUACGAAGAGAACCUGAAAGACAAAACCAAGCUGGGAACACAAAGCUCGGAUACCAAGCGUGACCAAAGGCUGAGUUACUUGAAAGACCUAGUGCAUGUUCUUGGUGUGCGCUUCUAUGGUGCGCUGAAGGAAACGCUGAAGGGUGAAAACUAUCUCCUGUCACCUACCAAUCUCUACAGGUCUUUGUUGUCGAUCUACUUAGGGGCCUCUGAACAGACGGCAGCUGAUUUACAGAACUUCUUGGGAUUCUUUCCCCCUUCCGGUGACCCAGACUGCACCUCCAAAGUGGAUGGACACAAAGUCCUUUUGACCCUGAAGACCAUGGAUGAUCUGUUCCUCUCAAGUGGAGCUGAUGAUCUGCUUUCUACCAAGCUUUCCUGCCUCUUCUCUGCUCCCAGUGUGCGUUUAUCCGAAUCACUCGUGCACAGCCUGGCCUCUUCUGCCGAUUAUUUCUAUGCCCGAGCUGUUGACUUUACGAACCCAAGUCAGGCAGCAGAACUAAUUGAAAGCUUUGUGAAGGGCAAAGAUGUCAGCAGAACCCAGAAUGUACUGACAAAUAUAGACCCUUCUACCACCCUGCUGUUUGUGACUUACAUUCAGUUUAAAGCCAAUGUUAAGAGAGCCUCCCAAGUGAAAGAGCUUCAGGAGUUCUGGACUGACUCAAGCACAAAGAUCCUGGUACCUAUGAUGUCCGUAACUGGAACAUUUCAGUACAAGAGGGACGACAGCAAGAAUUUUUCUGUAAUCGAAGUUCCUGUCAGUGAGAAUGCUUUACUUGUACUGGUGCAGCCCAUCAACAGCAAUGACCUGAACAAGAUAGAGUCGGAACUUUCCUUGGAUCCAUCUUCUGCUUGGCUGCAAAAUCUAUCCCCAAGACAUAUUAAAUUAUCUUUGCCAGAGUUAACAAUACAAAGUGCAUAUGACCUUCAGGAACUGCUCACAAACAUGAAUUUGUCUGCACUGCUGGGGAAGAAAGCAAAUCUUACUAAAAUAAGCGAUGCCAAUCUUACUGUUGGAAAGGUUAUAAAUAAGGCCCUUUUUAAACUGAAGAAUGGAGUAGAUCUACCAGAAGACCUCUUGGAAGAAAAUGGAGGCUCGCUGCCACUGGAAGUAACACUGAACAAACCGUUCCUACUAGCAGUUUAUGAGAAGAAUUCAAAGACAAUGGUUUUAAUUGGCAGAGUAACAAACCCACUGAACAGUUUUUAAGGCCAAGGGCUGCAGGGUGGGGCAGGGGGAGUGGAAAGAAGGGCAAAGCAUCCCAUGUUUCUAGUCCCCAUUUCCCUCUUCUAGCUAUGAUCCUGUUGAGCAGCUGGAGUUAGCUUUGAAAUGAAGUAGUUGAUAACUUUUAAAAG